UCCGAUACUGGGUGCAGACACAUGGCAUGGAAGACAUCGACAACUAUGAGCAAGAUUUGGAACACGAUAUGAUCGACGUCGACGAAUCAACAGCAAUCGGAGACCGCAUGUACCAGCAACUCAACGAAAAGCAGCGUGAAAUCGUCGACACCAUAAUCCAAGCACUUGAAGACCCGACUCCUGCUGCGAAAUGCUUCUUCAUAGAUGGACCAGGAGGAACCGGGAAGACAUUCGUCUACAGCACGCUGUAUCGCAUCGUUACCGGAAGGCUUAAGAAAGUGAAAUGCAUGGCUUACACCGGGAUAGCAGCGAUUUUUCUACCGAGUGGUCAAACAACGCACCGAACCUUUGGCUUGAAAGUCCCGCUUACAUCCGAUUCAAGAUCAUCCAUCAAACCAGGAUCACCGAAGGCGAACGCACUCAAAGGAGCCCACGUGUGUCUGAUGGACGAAGCUCCGAUGAUGUUAAAAUACGGCUUGCACAACAUCGGCGAACUCCUACGCGCGAUUUGCAACAACAUUCCGUUUGGAGGCAAAGUCAUGGUGCUUGGUGGCGACUUCCGACAGUGCUGUCCAGUUCAACAACGUGCCAACAAAAGCGAAAUACUCGACCCUUUGAUCAAGAGAAGCCAUCUGUGGCAACACUUCAAGACUUAUUCGCUCGAAAAGAACAUGCGCGUUGAUCCCGAAGAAGAAGAAUUCGCGAAAUACCUGCUAAAGCUCGGCGACGGGGAACUCGAAGUGAAUGAACUCGGCGAAAUAGAAGUCCCAGAAGAAAUUCGCUCUGGUGGUAACCUCAUCGAUGAAAUCUUCGGACCAUGCCUCAGAAGUGGGAACUACGAAGCAAUGAAGAAUCGCGCUAUUCUUGCACCAUUGAACGACGAUAAGGACAAGAUCAACGAGCAGAUUAUCGCUAUGCUUCCAGGCGAAGAGAAGACAUACACAAGUUUCGACUCGGUAAAGGAUCAACAUGAAGGGGGAAUUCAAUUCGCGCCUGAAUUCCUGAACUCGAUCAACAUCGCCGACUUGCCUCCACACAAUCUGAAGCUCAAGAAGAACGCCAUCAUCAUGCUUCUCCGAAACUUGGACGUCUCUGAAGGAAUGUGCAACGGAACACGAUUGAUUGUCACCGAACUUUGCAACAACAUCAUCAAGGCUAAGAUCAUCACCGGUGAACACGCAGGCCGACAAGUACACCUUCCAAGGAUCACGCUCGACUCCAGCAAAUCACAGCUUGGCGCAACUAUGCAACGGCACCAAUUCCCAGUUACUCCAGCAUUCGCCAUUACGAUACACAAGUCACAAGGCCAAACAUUCGAAUUCGUCGGCGUGCUUCUCCUCACGACGGUCUUCGUGCACGGAAUGCUCUACGUCGCGUUUUCAAGAGUCAAGCGUCAAAGUGCGUUGAAGGUCCUGCUGCCUCCUGAGAAUCCAACCCACACCCGAAACGUCGUAUGGAAGGAAGUCCUGAACAAGAGAAACUCACCAGCCGCACCUGCCUCUCCGACAAGAAACUACCUGGACAACAUGGAAGACUUCGCAAUCGAUGAUUAAUGUUUAUUAUGUUUAUGCUGUUAUAGGUUUAUAAUAUGUUUCUUAUGUAUGUAUAUAUGUUUGGUUUUUCUAAAUAAAUUUGUCAAAAAUAUUGAACUUCAACACACUUCAAUCUUUACACUGCUCACUUUGUACCAUUUCUUUAAUUGUAUAAUUUUUUGUUAUCAAUUACAUUUUAUUUCCUAUGACUUUUCAAACUUUACCUUUGUAUAGAAUAGUUCCCUUUCCAAACUUUGUUUAGAUAGUUUACAAUGGUGCACUUUAACCGGUUAUCUUUUCACCAAUGGUUUCACAAAUUUUCUUAUGGCAUGUAUUGUUUUGAUAAAUCACAAUUGAAAAUUUAAA